GUUCAGACAGGUGCUAAAAAUCAAGAUUCAUUGAAGCAGUCAAGCUUUUAUGUGGCUGCGAUGCAGCUGUGGAUAAAGUAGUCCUAGUUUGUCCGGCCGAGACAAGAAAGUUCUGGUCUGCCCUUGCUAUACGGCAAUGCUGAAUAACCAGAAAAUGAUGCAGAUGCUAAAAAAACCAUACAGAACGAAUAUCACAAAGAGAGACCCUGAUAGUGGCCCUGGAGAUAUAGAUGCCACGAGGGCCCAUUGGGGGUAUCAUCAAACGGAGCGUACUGGAAGUCCAGACGUGGAUGGAGGUGAUGGGGUUGUUGAGACAGAUGCAAAGGUGUUGAAGCGGUAAACAAAAUCAAAGGCAGAAGAGGGCUUCCUCGCCGAAUUCACGGAUAACGCUGCCUUCCUCGCGAAGGAGACCUCCGAGCCAGUCCUUGGCUGUCUCGAAGUCCUUGGCGCCGAACUUGACCAGGACGAACCCGGCGCGCACGCGAGCUGCCGUCCAAGUGACAUCGCCCUUAGUGCUGAGCGACGGCUCGGGCGCUGUAGAUGGCGCCGAUGAGGCCCAAUUUCGGCUGCCAAUCCGAGGCUGGGAGUUGAACUGGUGCAUGAGGUAUGUGCCGAGGCUGUCGAACACCGGGCCCGAUAGAAUCAAUGUACCGACAACUCCAUGCGGGCGCGUGCGUUCCUGAAUGAUGUUCAAAGGCACCAGGCCGGCCUGCGGCGGUGGCGUGUCAGCACGGCCAGAGUGGCUAUUUAGCCCGCUCUCGCCGGCUUCCUCGUCAGAGUCCUCAUCUGAAACCUCAAGGUCGUCGGUCUCAUCAUCCAGGAUGACCGAGUCACGCAGCAGGAGCCGGCUCUUGCCCGUCUUCUCGUCGGUAGCCCAGACUUCGUUACGGCCGCGCCAGAAGCGGAAGUUCCAGUUUUCUCCGCGCGACGUCCGACCUUGUGUGACCCAGUCCAGAACACACAGACUGCUGCGCUCGUCACCCUUGGCGGCGGCGUCGACAGUGAAUGUUUGUACUUGCGCGUAGCGACUGUUCUUGAAUGGGACGGAUGGGUCAGGCAAGUAGCACAGCGCUGCUUGGCGACCGAUUCGUACGUCCAGAGACUGCUGACUCAUAUCGGCAAGGUGUUGGUUGGCCGGCAUUUGCUUGCGAUGACCCUUGAUCAAUUUGAUGCCAUUGGCAUUGCCGGGCUCGGUCUUAAAGAUCUUGGUGCUCCCUUGCGGCGUGGUCACUACCAUGCGAGUCCUCGGUUCGAGUUUGAUCGAUACCUCGAUGUGAUCGCCCGGUAGCAGACCGCCGCCAUAGGUAAGAAGAUAGAGGUGGACCGGCCUUGAAGGACAUGAGCUGGACAAGGUAGAGGACUCUGCACUGGGGAUGAACCCCGGCGCCCUCGGGACGAGCUUCAGUGGGUAUUUGUAGGUGAGCGUGGUGAGAGUGGGGUUGUUUGGUGGGAGGAGGGAGAGGACGACGGUGCCUUGGCCCGGCUUCGCGAUGGAAGACUCGAAGGGCGAGCGGAUGGGCAUUGCUGGUUGUCGCAUGAUGCCGCUAAUGUACGUGCGUGUUGUUUUGGUUCUUGGUGGGGGAAAUUGGGAAAUGAAAUGGGGAGUUGAGAGGAAAAGAGGUGGGCCGGAUGAAGGCUUAUCAAGAUAGAGAGGGACGGGAGGGAAAAAUGAGCCAAGCAAGCAUGAAAUGAUGCAAAUGUCAGGAGGGAGUAGUUGUGACGCUCUGAAGCAUGAUGCGCAUGUGCAGAAACUGAGUUUUUUUCGUUCUUACCCCAGACUCUUGGGAUCUCGGGGCUUUAAGUGGAAUAUAAUUUUAGCCCUGGCACGUCGGGGCGAUGAUGGCAUUCAUUAGUCAAUGGCGCCUCCACUCUAGGGGAGGGUACCGUCGGUUGUCGUGGCCCCGUUGGCUCCAGCAAUUCCAUGGACACUGCACGAUGCGUCAAGCGGGGGUCCUCUCAUGACUUGUUGCCUCCGUGAGACCAAGCGAAGUGGACUGAAUUGCUGCGCCGAGAGGAGUUUUUAUGACACACAAGAUCCAUGGAUCUUCGCACUAGCAAAUGCCCAGUCAGUCUCGGCCAUGUUGGCGGCUUUGGACUUGCCCUAUGGGGACCCCCGCAAGCCACUCGUGAUGUACGCGUGACCCGCUAGAGUUAUGUCAGCGUCCAGGGGGGGGCAUUCGGUUAGGUAACCUUGAUUGCCUGAAAAUCUAGGAUCCCAUCACGCUCGGCUGAUUCCUCAGGCCAAAGAAUUUACGUUGUAAGGCUCCCAGGCUCCCAGGCUCCCAGGCCAUCACGCAGGCCACGAGGGUUGCGAGGCGCUCAGGCACCCAGUCGCGUCGCACCUCCUUUACGUUUCCUUGAGACCCCCGCUCUUUUCAUCUAUCGGGUUUCUUUCUUUUCCCCGGACGAUCGAUUCGCGCACCCACUCUGGCAUGCAGUAAAUCUAGCUGCCUCGACUCUCGAACUCCCACGAUAUCAGCCCGAGUCCCCCUUUCACCGGUGUGCUCAUUCGCACGAUCCCGUUCGCUGCCGUUCCACGGCGCGUUCCACCAGAAGCGCGUUUGGUCCUAACUCGCUUAGAUCUCAAUCCCACACACGAAUACACACAAUCUCCUCAUCAUGGACGUGGACAACCCAAGUAGCCCGGCGUCCACGCCCGCUGAAGACCGCCGCAAAUCCAGUCGCAUGACGCGACGACCCGAAGUCUUCUCGCAGAGCAACCACUCCAUCCUCGAUGCUAAUGCUAGCGGCAAGCGCAAGCGUGGCGACGCGCUCGACCAGUCCGACAGUGAUGACAUAUCGGAGUCCGAAAGUGAUGAUGCGGGCGACGAAGACGCUUAUGAGGAGGAGCUGAGAGAAAAGCGACGUGCCGCACGCAAACAGGGCACCAAGAAGGCCCCCGCGAAGAGAGGUACACAUGCUGCGAAAAAGCCCAAGGUCGCGAGCAAUGGUGUGGGCCGACAGCUGGCUUUUCGACCUGCAGCAAACGGUCGACUGCCAUCAUCGCGUCCCCGCAAGAUCAAAGUUCGACCCAGCCUGGCAUCUGGUGAACGGGGGUUAUAUGCCGAUGUUUUCGGAAAGAGCAACAAUGCAGAGACGGCGGCUGCCCAGUGGCUGAGUCAAUAUCAAAAUAACCCCGCCGUGGCCAUGCGCGACUUGGUCAAUUUUAUCCUCCGAUGCACCGGAGAUGACUUGGAAAUUACUGAGGAGCAGGUGGUGGAGGUGGACCAUGCGCCUGAACACAUUACAGAGCUGCAGGAAGUCUACAUUGCGCACAAGAUCCCUGACUAUCCCCUCGUUUCCAAAGAGAAAAAGUACCGCGCAUUCCAACCCGUUCUCGAGGAGUUCUUCGCCGCUCUGAUCCAAACCUUCCACCACUCUUCGAUUCUAUACACUGACGUGGCUCUGCUCGAGAAUAUUCAAAUUUGGAUCUCAUGCAUCUCGACAGCAGGCAUUCGGCCAUUCCGGCAUACGGCAACUAUCAUUUCGCUAGCUAUGACGACCGCCUUGUGUGGAAUCGCACGCGAAGUAACGACUACUGUAACGACCUCCCGUAAACAGCUCGAGAGCGAAAAGAAAAAGAAAACCGUCAACAAGGGCCGUGUCGAAGCAAUUCAAACCGCCAUCUCCGAAGGUGAAACAAAGAUCGAGCGUCUGGACGAGUUCUUGCAAGAUGGAUUCGAUACUGUCUUCGUUCACCGUUAUCGGGACGUCGAUGGCGUAAUUCGGGGCGAAUGCCUGGCGUCUCUUGGCAGAUGGAUCGCGACAUACCGAGAAAUGUUUUUUGAGGGCCAGUACUUGCGAUAUCUAGGAUGGACCCUGGCUGACGUGGUCGCGCACACCCGGCUGGUAGUUCUGACGCAAUUGCUUCCUCUCUACGAAAAUAAGGAUAACAUUGCUGUUCUUCACUCCUUCACGGAUCGCUUCCGCCCACGUAUUGUGGAGAUUGCUGCACAGGACGCCGACAUCAAUGUCCGUGUUGCUGCGAUUGAGCUGCUGAACCACCUUCGUGAGGGAGGGCUACUUGAACCCGAUGAUAUCGAUGCCAUCGGUAAAUUGGUCUUUGACAUCGACCCACGAAUCCGGAAGACUGCAGGUCGCUUCUUCGUUGCCAAUGUCCAGGAUGCUUUUGAAGCGUCGACUGAGGAGAUCGCAGAUGAGAUGAACGAUAUAUUUGCCGAUGACGAUGACGACGAUGAGUUCGAAACGCCCAAGCGCUCAUGGAUCAAAUACAAGAAUCUGGUGGAUAUUUUCCAAGCUUAUGAUGACCAUGGUGAGGAGGAUGCUCCUGAACAGACCACGGCUCGUGGUGUGCUUUCUGGAACGCCUGCAGAUUCACGAUUCGUUCUGGCGACCGAGGCUAUCUACCCACACAUGGAGGAGCUUUCUCAAUGGCAGUCUCUGGCUGGUUAUCUGCUUUACGACCACUCGCAGAUUGAGGAUGAGCCUGAGGAAGAUGAUACCGCUGGGGUUUUGCGAACUUUGUACAAGAUGAAUGAAGGGCAAGAAUCAAUUCUUCUUGAGAUCUUAUGUGCCGCGGUCAAGCUGCGUGUGCUUGAUGUUGCAAAGUCUGACAUCGACAAGCGUGGACGCAAGGUCAAGGCACUUACUGCUAAGAUCCCUGAGCUGCAGGAGGAAAUAUCUCAUGGCCUUGCUCAAAUCAUUCCUCAGCUUUUGAACAAAUUCGGAUCCGCGCCCGAGGCCGCAUCUGCUGUUCUGCGUCUGGAGCAUCUAGUGGACUUGGAUACCAUUCAAGACCUCCAGAAGGAUGCGACCGCCUACACAUCGUUGCUGAACGACAUCAACAAGCAGUUCCUAACUCAUUCAGACCAAGAUGUCUUGGCCGAAGCUAGCGUUGCUUUCUUGCAUGCCAAGAGCUCCGAGGAAAUGCGUGAGGCUCUCGAGGGUAAAGUGCAGGAGUUGUGGGACGAUAUGAUUGACACCCUCGGUGCAAUGUCUCGCAAAAAGGAAGUCCAGGCGGCCGCCUACAUUUCAGAUCCCACUAUCACCGAACUCGCUAACACGGUUACGCGAAUUUUCAACCUCUCUACAAUUACCGACUGCACAACUAUCCUGGAGACGGUACCAAAGGCUCACUCAAAAUCCAAGAAAGACACACUUGAAGCUCCUUUCAAUACACUCAUCCAUUUGACCAAGCGCGGCAUUCGCAAGCCGGACGAGGAUGAGGAUAUUGCCAAAGCCGAGACUGAAGUGGUAGUCAACAGCAUCCGGACCUUGCUUUUCUAUUUCAUGUGGAAGGUGCAGGCGCUCACAGCUACAUUGAAGGAUGGGAAAGCGUCUUUCACUACGUCAUACUUUGAAUCUCUCACGAAAAGCCGUGAAACCUUUGCCUCUGCUCUUCUGGCGAUUAUGCAGAAGCGUGCUGGUCUCGACGAUCUUCGUUUCACAGCCGUCACAACGUAUCUGGAUCUUCACACUCUCUUCGGCACUCUUCGCAACAUCGGUCAGGGCGUCGGCAAUGAUGAGGAGGUUCUCUUCCAAGCUCAGAGCCUUGUGCACGAGGUUCCGUCCGAGGGUGAAUCCAUUGUCGCCAAGAUUCAAAGCAGUGCCGAGCGCGUCUUCGCUAAAAAGUCCAACCGCGACCUUGAACCUGCAGAGGAUGAUGCGCCGGCCUCUGAGGACGAACCCGAGGAUGACGAUGAAGCUAGUGACUCUGAUGACGAGGCCAUUGCCAAUGAGCGUCUCCGUAGCAGCAUGAUUGCGGAGCAGCGUCUCUGCGAGUUGACUGGUAAGCUCGUCUUGGCCAUCAUCGGCCGCGUGAUUGAUGCUUCUGGGUCGAAGCGCGGCUCCCUUAAGAAACGACUCUUGCAUAACAAGAACGGCCUCGGCCAAAAUUACCGCGAAGUCCUGUCGUACCUUGAGGAGCGCAAGCCUCGCAGUGCGCCGCGCAGCAAAGGCAAACAGUCCGCCAAGGCCGAUGCCGGUGAAGGUGAGGGAUCUACAACAAAGAAGGACUUUAAGUCUGCCGAACGCAUCGACGACGACGAGGAUGAGGAGGACGGGGACGAUGCUGAUCCAGUGGAGGAAGAUGACGAGGAGGAUUUGCGUACUCGCGGUCUCGUCGCUGAAGACAUUGACCGUGAGAAUGAUGAGAACGAAGAGCUUGAUGAUCUAGCACCCGAAUCGGACGAGGAUGAGGUGAUGGGUGACUAAGUAUGCUGUCUGCAGACCUUUUAAGUGAUUCAUAUGAUGAGGAGUUUUGCUUUCAUAAGCCUUUGAUAUUAUAUCAAUGUCUCCUUUUUACCUUUUCUUGUCUUUCCUAAUAUUCCCGAUGUUCAAAUUACAUUCCUCUGUACUACAUGCGCACCAAAUUCCGAUCCUUCUCUCUAUGAAUGAUGGCCAUCUUUGGCAUACAAUUUAUAUAUGUAUUAGGACUGAGCCGCAUCUCCCCCAUGAAUUUAAUUCGCUUGAGUUCCGUGCUGUAUCUUUGAUUGCGUCCCCAGUCUGAAUGAAGCUGGUGGAUGACCAGGGCGAUUGGAGUAUAGCAUCGA